AUGAGCGUUCCCGGCCUGAUCACCCUCGCAACGGACCUCGUCUCUGCAACGAUGAAGCCCCUUUUACACUCACUCGCGGCCGUUGCGUUCGCCGGUGCUUCCGAGGAGAUUAUUCGCCAAUUCGCUGCGCUAGACCGUUCCACGGCGUGGAACCUCGUGGAAAAGAUCGAGUUUGAGGGCCCCACGUGGGAACCCGAGGGCAUCGUUCGCCUCGGCGCGGAUCGCUACUUCGUCUCCGCGGGCGAAUGCCUCCAUCUCCAAGGCGGGGAUCUCGAGUACCACAAUGGCGGGCUUGAUUAUGAUGGCACCUACCUCUGGGCUACGCUGAGCGAAUACCGCCCCAAUUCCACCGCCACGCUGGUCCGCUUGCGGCCUUCCACGCUCGAGCCCGAACCGAUACUCCGCGUUCGCGACCACCAGGGUGGAAUCGUGCACGACCUCUCGACGGGAGAGCUCACCACUCUCAAUUGGGGUUCGCGCCGUGCCUCGCAGUGGUCCCUCCGAUACCCCGUGGAACCUGUCCCGGAUUUCACCACACCUCUGGCGACCACGAGGAAUCCAAGCGGUUGGAUCGACUACCAGGACUGUAAAUUUCUCGGGCGGUCGAAGGCGUUGGACUCUCGCGCCGUCAUGGCCUGCGGUGGCAUCGCUGACAUUGGCGGGGGCGAUGGCCAGCAGGCAAAGGUGACUAUCGGCGGUAUUGCCCUCGUGGAUGUGCUCACCAUGACGCCGCUGAUUCAGGUCCCUAUCCCCAUGGUCACGGAACAGGGCGCGCACAUGGCUAAAAAUCCCUUCGACCUUGCACUCGUUGACGGCAAAUUGAGGCUAUAUUUCUUGCCGGAUGAAGAGCACUCCACUCUAUAUGUCUAUGAAGCAAGGUGA